CGCCUUCUCCACAGGAACUGGUGCGCCUACGUGGUGACGCGCAGCGUGAGCUGCGUGGUGGAGGACGGCGUCGAGAGCUUCGUCAAGCCCGACUACCAGCCCUGCGGCUGGGGGCAGCUGCAGUGCCCCCGCGUCCUGACGUACCGCAGCUUCCUGCGGCCCCGCUACAAGGUGGCCCACAAGACGGUGUCAGACCUGGAGUGGCGGUGCUGCCAGGGCUACUCGGGUGAGGACUGCUCCGAGGGGCCGGCGCCGGGGCUCCCUCUCACCACCACCCGCCCGCGGCCCCGACCCGGCCGCCCCACGCUCUCCGGCUUCGGCAACCCGCUCAGCGGCCUGGGGGGGGAAGGCAGCGCCGGGGGGGGCCGGGGCAGCACUGCCCCGCGGAGCCCGGAGCCCGCUGGCGGCGGGGAGGCGGAGAAGGUGCAGCAGCUGGAGGAGAAGGUGCGGCGGCUGAGCAAGCAGCUGGAGGAGCUGCAGGCCUCGGUGCAGGCGGGCCAGGAGAAGCUGAUGCAGGACCUGCGUAAGGUGGCCGAGGGCAGCGCAAACGGCAAGCACCCACCCGCCGACGCCGCGCCCCCCGAUGUGCGGGAGACGCUCAGCCACAUCCAGCAGCACCUGGAGCGCCUGGACGACCGCAUCCGCAGCCAGGAGCUGGAGCGGGAGCGGGAUGGCUUCGGGGGGAGCCCUGCCCCAGAGGGGGGCCUGGCAGGGGCCGCGCUGCUGCGCGAGCUGGAGCAGCGGGUGCAGGAUUCCUGCGGCGCCUGCCUGGCCGGCACCGAGGGGCUGCGGCGGCAGCAGGCGGAGGACCGGGAGCGCAUGAGGGCGCUGGAGAAGCUGGUGGGCUCGGUGGACCAGCGCAACCGGGAGGCGGUGGAGACUGUGCAGCGGCACGUCAGCAGCCUGAGCACCCGCCUGGCCCCCGGCGCGCCGCCCGACGAGCUGCGCCGGCGCGUGGCCGAGCUGGAGCGGCGGCUGGACGGGCUGGAGGGGUCGCGCGGCACGGUGCUGGGGCCGGGACCGGGGCCGGUGCUGGCCCGGCGGCUGUCAGAGCUGGAGGGGCGGCUGAACGCCACGCGGGCCGGCCCCGGGCCCCCUGACACCGAGGGGCUGCGGGGCCACAUGGCCAACCUGAGCCGGGCGCUGGAGGGGCUGGCGGAGAGCGGGGCGCAGCGCGGCGCCCGCCUGGCCGAGCUGGAGGGGGUGCUGGCGCGCUGCGGGCAGCCCUGCUCGGAGCCCGCUGCUGACGGCCGGGACGGCUCCGCACUCAGCCAGCUGCAGCAGCGCGUGGAGGACAAUGAGGCGCAGCUCCACACCCUCAGCUCCGGCCUUCGGCAGCUGGGGGCCGGCGGGGCCGGGUCGGGCAGCUCGCUGCAGGCGCUGCGGGAGCUGGUGGGGGAGCAGGGCGAGACGCUGGGGCGGCUGGCGGGGCGGCUGGGGCAGCUGGAGGCCGGGGAGAGCACCGGUGGGCAGACGCUGGAGGACACCCGCAGGGACCUGGAGCAGCUCCGCAACCGGACGGGCGCCCGGCUGGAGCAGCUGGAGGCUGAGCUGCAGGGGCUGAGCGCCACCGGUGCCUGCGCCCAGCCCUGCUCCCCGCUGCGGGAGGAGCUGGAGCGGCUGCGGGAGGAGGUGGGCGCCUGUACGGACGCCUGCCACCCGCCUGCACCUGACCCCACGGCGCCCGAGGUGGAGGAAUCGCUGGAGGGGUUCAGCGUCUUCGGAGGCACGACGCCCUGGGAGCUGCAGACCCUGCAGGGCGAGCUGUCGGAGGCGCUGCUCUUCUUUGGCUUGCUCAACACCACGGUGCAGGAGCUGCAGGACGCCGUGGACCAGCACGACGCCGGCCUGCGCGAGCUGGGCGCCGUGAAGGACCGCCUGGCCGCGGAGCUCGACCGGGUGCAGGCGGAGGUUGCCGAGCGCGCGGCCGAGAGCGAGGAGCGGCUGGAGGGGCUGGUGCGGGACCUGGUGCGCGCGGGCCCCGGGGGCUGCCCGGCCGGCCUGGAGCCCAGGGUGGCCAAGCUGGAGGGCGUUUGUGAGCAGCUGGAGGUUGUGUCGGGAGGGCUGCGUGGCGUCCGCGAGGGGCUGGGCCGGCACGUGGCAGGGCUGUGGAACGCCCUGCGGGAGCUGAACGGCACAGCCCGCACCCACGGCGCCCUGCUGGAGAAGGCGAUGCAGCUCCCGCAACGCCUGGGCGCCCUCAACGCCAGCUUCCAGCAGCACCGCGCCGAGAUGCUCAACCUCACGAGCAGGGACCUGACCGGCCCCCCUGGUCCCCCCGGACCCGCGGGCCCCAUGGGGAAGAUGGGCCCCCCUGGCCCCUCUGGGCCUCCUGGCAAGGACGGAGAACCAGGCCCCGUGGGCCCCCCAGGUCUGCAAGGAGAGAGAGGCGCCGUGGGGGAGCCGGGCUCCGUGCCCCACAUCGCCUUCUCGGCCGCCCUGAGCACGCAGCGCGCGGAGCCGGGCACCGUCCCCUUCGACCAGGUCCUGCUCAACGACGGCGGCGCCUACGACCCCGAGACGGGCACCUUCACGGCGCCCAUGAGCGGCCGGUACCUGGUGAGCGUGGUGCUGACGGGGCACAAGGGCGAGAAGCUGGAGGCCGUGCUGUCACGCUCCAACCAGGGCAUCGCGCGCCUGGACUCGGCCGGGUACCAGCCCGAGGGGCUGGAGAACCAGCCCGUGGCUGAGCACCAGCCCAGCCCCGGCUCGCUGGGCGUCUUCAGCCUCAUCCUGCCGCUGGAGGCGGGCGAGACGCUCUGCGUCGACCUGGUGGCCGGGCGCCUGGCCCACGCGCCCGACGAGCCCCUCACCGUCUUCAGCGGUGCCCUGCUCUACGACGCCGAGGGCCCCUAGUCACCCCCCCUCACGCCCACCCCUCGCCACCCCAUGGCCCCUCGACCCCCCCCACAUCCUCCUGCACCCACGCGGGGCCCCCUCCACCCCCCCGUCCCGUUAUUUAUCAGCACCCCCCACCCUCGCUCCCACGCCACCACGCGUCCCUCACCACCUGCCCCGGCCCCCCCACGCCGCCCCGCGCCCCCCCCCACAAUAAAGAUGCGGCACCGGGUUUUGUA